UGUUUACAAACCCACGGCAGAGCAGAGCUGAGGGGAGGGAGGGAAAGGCAGGCUGCAGACUCUUUCUGAGCCUCCGCUCUGGACUGAAAAGGGAAGACAGGGAAGCCUGCCACGAUGGAGCCAGCUGGAGGUGGACGAGUCUGAAUGCGACGCACUCUUGUCCACACACUGGCCUUUGUCUCAGAUUUUUUUUUCUUUCCUCAAUCGAAGCCGCAGAUGGUUAGAGGGAGAGUAGGAUCCCCCUCAAAAGCACACACACACACACACACACACUGACACACAAACACACUCCCCAGCAAAGCCAGUGAGGGGACUGUUGUGGACUGCAUGGAGCCCUCCUCACUUUGUCUGAGCUCUGAAGGAAGCACAUCUCUGCCUUCUGCACUGGGGAGGAACCUUAACUGCAAGAUCAGAGGACUGGAGGAGGAGACGACACAGGAGACCAGAGGGGGGUUGAGACUUGUGAAAAUCCCCUGUUAAAAAAAACAGCUUUGGGAGGAAGACAAAGCACAGAUUAAUGUUGGAUGAUUACCUUCACUGGGCCAGCAGUGUCAUUUUGAAUGCUGGGUGUCAUCGGAUCUGGUGAAGGGACAACACAGUGGAUGAAAACUGAAGCCAAGGAGACAUUUAUCUCUGCUGGAAGCAAGCUCGAGGGGUCUCCGGUCUCAGUCUAGACUACAAUCCCAAGUGUCCCAGUUUUAAACCAGAGUGGUUAAUCCAGAUUUGGGAAUGGUGGGUACUCAGACUGCUGAGCCAACAUAACCACACCAUCCCACCUCCUGAGGACAAUCUUGAUGACCAUUUCUUCAGGAUCCAACUAACAUCGCCCAGCAAAAGAGUGAUCCGGAUCAGGAUUACUGAAUCCAAGCUACGAAACCGAUUCGGUGUGUGAGGCUCCAGCCCACGAGCUUGGCUCGUCUCCAGCCUUUCUCCUGACUGGGCCUAAACUCACUGUUGCUGCCUUGGGAGUCAGAUUUCAUGCAACCAUUCCAACGGUGUGACGGAUGCCUUUGUGGUUUAGGUUCUCAACGAUCUGGCAUGACGUCUGACAUCUAUCACCUCCCACUCAAUGUGUAUGUCAUCGUGCUGGGCAUCGGCCUUUUCGUCUUCAUGCUCAGCCUCAUCUUCUGCUGCUACCUUUUCAGGUUGAAACAACAGGGAACGAGGGAGCAGUUCAGCUACAAUGAGGUGGUGCUGAAGGGAGCAAGCAAGAAGCUGAGCCUCCUUGGACAAACCUGCGCGGUGUGUCUGGAAGAAUUUAGGACCCGAGAUGAACUGGGAGUGUGUCCGUGUUCACAUGCAUUUCACAAGAAGUGCCUGCUUAAGUGGCUUGAGAUCCGCAGCGUGUGCCCCAUGUGUAACAAACCCAUCCUGCGGCUCCACACUGAUGCACCCCAGGGUGCCGAGGGCCCCAUGGACCCAGAGGAGGUGUGAGACAGCAGGGGAGGAGAAAAGUGGACUCGCCCUUUCAGAAAACAUACAUUAAAAACCACACUAAAGAUGAUGAACAGCAGUCAUCUCAAAGGAAAUGUUGAAAUGGUCCUCAGUGGCAACGCUGCCGCUAGGUCUCGAGCAAUAUGCCUUGUUGGGAAAUGAAUACUGAUAGCACCAACAUUAUUUGGUCAGAUGAGUCGGAGAGAGGUUUGAUAAGUAGGAUCUUUUUAUAAAAAUGUUCCUAGUUCUACUUCCAUGUUGCACUGUUCACCAAAAAAAUAAAUAAAUACAAAGUUAAGAAAAAAAAGACAGGAAAAAGGAGCCACAUUAGACAGCUGCAUAUCAUUGCCACUGUCCCUGGAUGAGUUGUUGCAGCGCUGCCGGAGACAAACAUCACCGGAGAGCCCUGGACGGGACACUAGACUGCGGGAUGAGUGCGGAUACCUCUAUGAUCUCAGGAGAGUUAUCAGGACAGCCAGCACAAAUCAUGUCAAUAACUCUAUAACUCUGUGCCACACAUGCAUCUUCAAUACUGCCAAUGUAGAUGAAAUGCUUCAGCAGCCAGAGGUCCCCACAACUUCUGCCUGACACAAAGACCAGCUGGAUUACAACCAUGAAGAUUUAAUGUCACCAUGCCCCAGGCCCCUUCUCUUUCUAGAAAAAGACAAAAACAAAAAAAGAGACCGAUAGGAAACUAGUCUUGCCCGUAUGUAUUGUAUGUAAACGUCUCCCUAUAUAUUGUUAUUUUGUAUUUUAAAUAAAGUGUCAUGU